UCACAGACAGAACAAUGACGCACGGCUUGCUGUCCGUACAACAAUUGCCUUGCCCACAUGACAACUUGCUAAUAUCCCWUUGAUGGGUCUCAAUAACUAAUCUCCCACACACUGGCAUUAUUUCUAUGUAAUCUUCCGCCCGGAACACCACAUCCAAGCUAACGUCAAAAAAAACACAACCUAAUUCUCGUCUGGAACAAAAGGARAACUCUUCUUAAGAGCUUGUAGAGGAACUUCAAAAGCAGACAAUCUGACUUUAGGAGAAAAGUGGCUUGAAAUAAGAAAAUUAUGCUUGGAUAGUUCCUUGAAGACUAGCAAAUGAAGCGAGAAGGAAUCUUUGCUGUUUGGUGUCUUGCUCUUGGAGUUUAUCAAGUGGACGCAUCCCGAACAUGCGAGCAUGCUAUUACAGGGAACAGUGGGUCCAUUAGCAGUCCAGGUUACCCUGGAAACUAYCCUGACAACCAAGAUUGCGUAUGGCUGAUAACCGUCGAURAAGGGCGAUAUAUCAARUUGAACUUUACAUUCUUCGACGUUGAAUUCUACCCUGGUCAUUCUUGUAUUGAUUUAGUGGAGGUUAAAGAUGGCGACUCUCCGAAUUCAGAGCUAAUUGGAACAUUCUGCAGUGGUAUCAGYCCCCCUCUCUUCCCUCUGUACUCCAGCGGUAACCACAUUAGGGUGUGGUUUUACUCUGAUGCAGCAGACAGACGUAAAGGCUUCCAUGCACAAUACUCAAGCUUCCCUGAAACAGGUUGCGGUGGUGCUCUGACAUCAAGCAAAGGAGUUAUUACGUCACCACGCUAUGGUUCUGCCUCAGCCUACCCCAGUAGUAUCGAGUGUGAAUGGACAAUUACYUUAAAGGAAGGGAUAUUUAUCAAAUUAUGGUUUGAAGACAUCAAUAUCGAGAUGAACACCAUGAGGUGUAUUGAUAGGGUCGAUGUKUGGGAUGGACAACCAAACAACGAGACAUUCUUAGGAAGUGUGUGCCAGGGUAUAAACCCCCUCUUCUCGAAGACCAACCGGCUAMGACUCAAGUUUGUUACGAAUGCAGAAGGGCGUGGUCGCGGGUUCCUCGCYAGGUACACAAGUUCUUUGACAACUGAAUGUGGUGGCGACUAUAACGACGAAAGUGGUAACAUACUAUCCCAAAACUAUCCAUACAACUUUCCCACGAUGUCAGAAUGCAUAUGGAGAAUUGAGGCUCCGAAAAACAAGUAUAUUUCACUGCGUUUUAACGAGUUUAUCGGAGUGAAUGGAACGGUGAAGGGAUGUCCUUUGGAUCAUAUCGAGAUUAGAGAUGGUCACGAUAAAGAUGCCAAAUCGCUAGGAAAAUUCUGCAAUUACAAUCCGCCCGGAGUCAUUGUGUCCAGCCGUAAUCACAUGUGGAUACGUUUUCAGUCGAGUCUCAGCAUGACGCCAGGUAGAUUCAGUGCGAUCUGGCUCGUCCAUUCAAGAGAAUGUAAUGCAUCUCUUGGCAUGGAGGACGGACGCAUCGCCGAUACCCAGCUAACAGCCUCUUCAUAUUCCAACUACUUCCCUGGCGGUUAUGGGCAGAGUCAGCAAUUGCCACUAUUGUCAAAAUAUGGUCGAUUGAAUGGCGCUUAUGCUUGGUGUAGUCAGGCUCAAGGAAGACAAAUGAUUUUGGGAGAGUACUUCCAGGUCGACUUUAAGAACUUGACAAAAUUGACAGCCCUUGCUACKCAGAGUUUUGUUCAUCAAAUCCGUACACGUAACGGACACGUGCACAUCGACUCCAUCACAUCGUACAAAAUAGAGUUAAGCUUCGAUGCUCAGUACUGGAUAGCGUACAGCGACGGUAGUGACAACAGCACUGCUAAAGGAUUUACGGAAUUUCUUGGGAACUACUACAUAGCAGGCUCGGUAAAGAACUUUCUUCGGCCACCAAUCAYAGCCAAAAUGAUUCGAGUGAUGCCCACCAACUAUGCCAGUAUCCUGGGUCACAUGUGUCUUCGUCUGGAAGUUUAUGGAUGUCCAUAUGAUCUGGGGUGUGGAAAAACAAUAUCAAUUGAUAAUGAAACCCCUCAUAAUAUCAGCGUCCAAGGACAUCAAACAAAAGAAACGAAUUGCAACUACGUCACUAAGCCAGAUCCACCAAGCUACAAAGACCGUGUGGUUAUUUGGACGUUCAUAUUCUUUAAUAUCCCGUGCAGCAAAGGAUAUAUUGAGAUGCAGCACAAAUCAGGAAAGGAUGGCAAGCUUUGCGGCAACCCACCAGASCUUGUUUAUAUAAUGCGAGCAUCAGAACAGUUGGAUUUGAAGGUGCACCUAAAGAAAGGAUCUCAAAACUUGGGCUUUAAAGUCAGCUAUAAAACAGAGUCACUAGGGUGUGGUGAGAUCAUAUAUGUUCGUAGGAACGGUUCCAUAGCAUCUCCUCGCUUCCCAAAGAACUAUGGAAAUGACCAUAACUGUACAUGGAUAUUGAUAGCAGCACGCACAACCGCUAAGAUUGGAAUUAGAUUUAAGGAGUUCGAUCUUCAGCCAAAGAAUGCGUCCUCUGGAUGUGCAGAUUAUGUAGAGAUCAAGGAUGGUCAGUUGGCUGAGUCACCUGUUGUUGACCGUUUCUGUGCAAGCACACUACCAGGGGAGUUCAUAUCGAAUCAGAAUUCAUUCCGCAUUGAAUUCUACAGUGAUUCAGAUGUAACUGGAAAAGGCUUCUUGCUGGAAUACAGUUAUCAACCUUCUAAAGAACAAAGCCAACUCAAAGAUUUAUUGCAGCAAACUGAAUCAUCUUCAUAUGAUAAUACUUUACUCAGACGUUCCAGAGCGACAAGAGAACAGGUGAUUACGAUGUUCGUGGUGCUGUCCGUGUUCAUAGCAGUCUUGAAGACAAACUGAAAAGAACAGAGCAAAUGUAUCAAGCCUGACUACUAACAGAGACAACUGCCAAUCAAUUGGCCUGUAAAACAAUGAAAACAGUCCCGCAAUCCCACAACCAUUCAACCGACCAACCCCUAAAUCAACGCAGUUAAAACUCCCACGGACCAACCAGCACACCCGCCAUAUCAAAGAAUCCCAUAUAAAGAGGAAAAAAGCCCACUCUUUUAUAUAGUUUUGUAUUAGUGUAUAGUUUUGAGACUGUUGUUAGAGUAAAAUGCAUAAAAUAAAAACAAGAUAAUAAUUUUCUUUUUCUUUAUUUUUAUUUGCAUUUGAGUCACCGUUUUUGUAACCAGGUGUAGACAUUCUGUAUAUAAUAAAAAUAACAAAACAAUC